GAACCUUGUCAUUCCUGUCAUUAUUCUAUUUAGUUAGGAAUUUAAUGUUCGUUUUACGGCUUUUGGAUUCAUAAAUUUAUUUUAUUUUAAUCUGAGUUCUGAGUGUACAGUUUAAAAACUAGGGUAGUGUAAUAAGUAUUACAGUAAAGACUAAUAUUUUUACAAACAUAUCGUGUCAGUAAAUAAGGAAGAUAAUAUGGAAAAUAAAUGUGAUUUUCAAUAUCCUCAUACAUUUAUUUUACUUGGAGCGUCGGGGGAUUUAGCUAAGAAAAAGAUUUAUCCUACAAUAUGGUACUUAUAUAGGGAUAAUCUCUUACCGAAAAGCACCAAAUUUGUAGGUUAUGCCAGAACCAAGCAAACAAUAGAAGACGUACGAGAAAAGUGCAAAAAGUACAUGAAAGUGCGGCAGGGAGAGGAAGAAAAGUUCGAAGCCUUUUGGGAUGCUAAUACUUAUGUAUCAGGAUCUUAUGACAAAAGAGUGGAUUAUGAAUUUCUUAACCAACAUAUAAACAAAUUUGAAAAAGGCCCUGUUGCAAAUAGAAUUUUUUAUUUGGCUGUACCUCCUACAGUAUUUGAAGAAGUAACAGUUAACAUUAGGAAUGCAUGCCAUGCUAUAAAAGGAUUUACUAGAGUUAUUAUAGAGAAGCCUUUUGGAAGAGAUGAUGUGAGUUCAGAGAAAUUAAGCAACCACUUGACUGGAUUGUUCAAAGAAGAACAAAUUUAUAGAAUCGAUCAUUACUUGGGCAAAGAGAUGGUACAAAAUUUGAUGACCAUAAGAUUUGCUAACCAAAUUUUCAAUCCUUCCUGGAAUAGAGAAAAUAUUGCAUCUGUACUAAUAUCUUUCAAAGAACCAUUUGGAACGGAAGGCCGUGGAGGAUAUUUUGAUAACUUUGGAAUUGUUCGGGAUGUGAUGCAAAACCACCUUCUUCAAAUCUUGUCAUUGGUUGCUAUGGAAAAGCCAGUUACAAUGCAUCCAAAUGAUAUUAGAGAUGAGAAAGUAAAGGUACUGAGACACAUUCCGCCCAUAAAAUUAAGUGAUAUUUUGAUUGGACAAUAUGUUGGAAACCCCAAUGGACAAGGUGAUGAAAAACUAGGCUAUCUGGAUGAUCCAACUGUACCAAAAGAUUCCGUCACUCCUACAUAUGCAUUGGCCGUUAUGUGGAUUAAUAAUACAAGAUGGCAAGGAGUUCCUUUUAUACUUCGCUGUGGAAAAGCACUUAAUGAAAGGAAAGCAGAAGUAAGAGUGCAGUAUAAAGAUGUGCCUGGUGACAUUUUUGGUCACACAAAGCGGAAUGAACUGGUUAUAAGAGUUCAACCAGGAGAAGCUUUAUAUUUAAAGCUUAUGUGUAAAUCACCAGGAAUGAAAUUUGACUUGACUGAAACAGAACUUGAUUUAACAUACAGCUUACGUUACCGAGGGGCAGAUGUACCAGAUGCUUAUGAAAGGUUGAUAUUGGAUGUGUUUACUGGAACUCAAAUGCAUUUUGUUCGUAAUGAUGAAUUGAAGGAAGCUUGGCGUAUUUUUACUCCAGUCCUCAAGGACUUGGAGGAGCACCAUAUUAAACCAGUUCCUUAUGUGUAUGGUUCUAGAGGGCCUUCAGAAGCUGAUGCCAAGUUGGCUGAAAAUGAUUUCAAGUAUUCAGGCUCUUACAAGUGGGAGAAACCAACACUGGAAUGAUUUGGAUUGGGACCACAAUGGUGAUGGUAUUUAUCAAUUCCUAUUUUUAUAUCAUUGACAAUAUGCUUGCAUAAUAUUAAUAUUAAGUAUCUUUAUAGACUUUUUUGAAUCUUGCAUUCCAUUUUACUUGUUGUGAAUGUUUGUUGGUAGAGGUCAUUUUAAGGUUAUUACAAUCAAUGUUACUUUGCCUAUACAUAAUACUGUAAUGUAGUCUUAUAUAAUAAUGACUGACAAUGUUAUUUUAUCAAUUUAUAAUCAAUAAAAUUUCAGAAAUAUCAUCACAAUUUUCCACAACUAAGAAUUUAAUCACUUAGUUAUUAUGCACAGGUCAUAUUUAUCACCUUUAAAUGUAAAUCAAUUGUUUUAAUUUAAAGUUCCUUAUCAUUGUAAAGUUACUUUGUGAAUACAGAAAGAAAGUUACAAUUUAUUUCCUAUUAAGAAUUAAAAUGCAUUUUAACCUACAGUCUUUAUCUAUAAGUGGAAAAUUGAAGUAUAGUUUAUCAAAUAAUUUACUCUUCAAUCUAUUGUUAUGUUUUAUGUGAUAUUAUUAUUGAAAAUUGUUCCAUAAAUUUUUUAAAUAAAAAUCUAUUAAGUAUUUUCAUAAUAUCUAUAUUUCGUAUUUGCAAUUUGCAUUAAGGAAAUAUAAAUACACAAAGUAUUUGCAAUUAUGUCUUGAAUUAUACAAUUUAAUAAAUCCACGGAGAACUCUUUUUAAAUUGUGUUUUUUUGAACUUUAUUGCGUUGUGAAAGUGAAAAUUAUUAUUUUAAGAAUGGAUGUUUUUCUAUGUUAAUAAAGAAGACAUAUGGUUUGUGGAAAAGACCAUGAAAUGGUUAUUUUUUGAUGGAUUUACACUAUUUCAUACAAUAAAAGAAUGUAAGCACA